AUGGCAGCUGUGUUAUCCUCAGACUGGCAAAGCGGUAAAACACUGUCGGAAUGUUUUGGUCACGUCUUCGAAUCAAGUAUCGCAAGUGACGUCACUUUUAUUGUAGGCAUAGAUAAGGAAAGGAUCUCGGCCCACAAACUGGUUCUCUUUAGCAGGAGUCCGGUCUUCUACGCCAUGUUUGAGGGACCUUUGGCCGAACAAGGCGAAAUAACCAUCCCCGAUAUUUCUGAGGAGAUAUUUCGAAUGUUUCUAAGGUAUUUGUACACAGACACAAUGCAUCUUUCAGUGGAAACUGUUGUUCCAAUUUUAUAUGUCGCCAGAAAGUACUGUGUGGACAUACUUGUCUCUUGUUGUGAAGAAUUUCUGAAGAAAAAUUUAUCCGUCCAAAAUUCUUGUCAAUUGCUGGAGCUUGCCCAUGUGUUCGUAAUGGAUGACCUAAAAGCAGAGUGUCUUCAGUUGAUUGUUGAUUUGCCGACGGUUAUAUUUCAGUCCCAAUCAUUUCUUGACCUUGGAUCAAAUUGUUUGACAAUCAUCACAGAAUCUGAUGAUUUGUCCGCUGACGAAAUUGACGUAUACAAGGCGGUCAUUAGCUGGGCGAAAGCGGAAUGCGAACGGCAGAAACUAGAGAAAACACCAAGUAACCUCCAUCACGUUUUAGGUGCUAUCCUUUAUAACGUACGGUUUCCUGUGAUGGAUCACGAAUUCUUUCUGAAAGAAGUUUGCUAUGACAAAGUACUUCCUGCUGAGGAUGUUGUACAAGUCAUCAACUAUCAUCAUCACAAAGCAGGACAAGAGGAAAUUUCUAAUAGCAAAUUCAAUCACAACAACAGAAAAUAUUCGAGGCGGGAAAUACUUUGGCGUCGACGUGAUAGAUGA